AAGCCGCAGGCGCAAGGUGCGUUCGAAAAGUACGUAGCGAUGGCGGAACGGCGCUGUGUUGUGACGUCGGUGCAGGGACCCCACCCACUCCGUUCGGAUAAUGCCAAUAUCUUUUGUGAGUGUGAGUGGCGGUGCGGGCGGGCGUGACUCAGGAGGGGGUGACUGAGAGUUGCUUUCACGUGCCCUUACUGAGAACGAUUACAUAUGUCUUUCGGCACAAACCGAACGCAUCACGUUCGCUGGUUCUGCUUCUGUGUCGUGUAUCGAUCUCUGCUGCUCUGCUUGCUCUUUCUUCAACGUGUUUCGGUGGUUUGUGUUCUUUUUCUAAGAUAGGAGGCUGUAGAGUAGAUGCACGCAUAUGUAAAAUUUACGGACGGUUGGCAGCUGAUAUUGCCAACGUCUUUGAUCAGAAGCUUCUCGCCCCGAAAUGACGAAGACUUCGACGCCACCCGGAUAUACGAGGCCUACUGGGUGUCGGACUGCGGCGAUGAAGAGGAUUAUUACGAUGCUCACGUGCUCCUUCUGGGCGAGUCUGUGGAUGGCCUCCUGAAGAAAAUGCAGACAAAACGGUACCCCAUUCCAAGGAUUGUCGGUGGAACAGCAAAGCUCGUAGGACCAGUAGGAAAGAAAGUCCAAGACCUCGGUCACAAGGAGAAGAGAAAACAAAAGGAAAUCGGAAAGAAAACAAGGCUGCAUGACAUUGCCGCUGAUUUCAGGAAAAAGCAGAAGAUCAAGCAGACGGAGACACCCAGCCGCUACCAGAGUGACAUGGUACCCAUCACUGUCCUCAGGGAAAAAGAGGAAGUUAUAAAAGAACUAAAAAAAGAACUGGCCAAAGAAAGGAGCCACAGUCGGCAGCUGGCUCAGGCCCUGGCCACAAAAAUUGUAGUUGCCGCAGGAGAGAGUAGAGACACAGCCACUACCUCCGAUGAGGGGCUUCCCUUUUAUGAGUCACCAUUCCUUGAGUGGGAGAAUGCACCCUAUCCAAUGAAGGAUGUUCACUGCGGCCCAGUUUCAGUGCCUUCAACUUCUGGCACAGGAUGCCCAUCUACACAGCGUGCGUUGCCUGCUAAAGUACUAGUGGAUCAAGCUCUGGUACCGCCAGUUGACCAAGUACUGGCAAACCAAGUGCCAACAUGUCCUGCUGAGAGAGUGCAGACUGUGCCGACUCCUCCCGCAGCUCUCUUGCCAGUGGCUGACGUCCCGCCAGUCGGUCAACAACAAGGAUGCCCAUCUACACAGCGUGCGUUGCCUGCUAAAGUACUAGUGGAUCAAGCUCUGGUACCGCCAGUUGACCAAGUACUGGCAAACCAAGUGCCAACAUGUCCUGCUGAGAGAGUGCAGACUGUGCCGACUCCUCCCGCAGCUCUCUUGCCAGUGGCUGACGUCCCGCCAGUCGGUCAACAACAAGGCCUGGCAAGCACGUGGCACCUCAUUUGCCGGCUCGGCAAGCACGGGCUGCUGGACUGUUCUUUGUCGUAUGCUCGACUUCAGCUGCCAGUGCCUGUUUUGGACAGGGAAGAUCCCACACCACCGGCUUUUUCUGAGGAAGAUGGCAUGGUACACCUCGGUGGCAAGAUAAAGCUUUCGAAGCUAAAGAUUGAUGAUUUAGUAGACAGACUCCCUCCCAAACGAUAUGUGAAAGAUUUGUGCAGGUGUAUUUAUACUCACGAAGAGAUGUGCGCGAGAAGUGUGACCGGUGCCCCCUGCCGGAGUCAAUUGAAGGAUGGGGCAAAGGGGAAGCUGCCGGUAACCCCAAUGAAACUGCUGGCCCUUGCAAAUGGUCUCAUGUACUACGAGGGAGCCAAACCCACCGAAGCUCGGCACACGGGCCCCGAACUUCAGAAGAUUGUGCGGGAGGUUUUAAAGGAGUUCCUGCCCGACAACGCAAGACAAGGCACAAGAAGGAGGGAACCACCGGCACCCAAAGAAUAAAUGUGCAUGCUUGGGUGAAACAGCACACAAGAUUUACACCCAAGCCUCCAUCCUCUCAAUAAAUGUUCCUCGAGGCAUUUAGGCAUAA